AUGAUCAAGAAGAUCAACAAGAAAGCAAGUGGGGUCAAGGUUGAGCUCACCAACAACAACAAGGUACUCAAAGUACAAGGUCCGCAGCAAAAGGUGGAUCGUGCUUGGGAUUUCUUGCAGCAAUUGGUUGUGACCGAGACACCAGUUGCAACCACCUAUGUUGUGAUCGAUGUUGUUGGUGUCGACGCAGACGCAAAGCUAGACUCGCUAUCACAAGCAAUCGGUGAUGCUGGCAAAACGAUCCCAGCUGAGAAGUUGCACUUCUCAGUCUGCCACAGCAGUCCAAGCUUCUCAGCAAGUGAGGCCAUUGCACUUGCUGAGGAGCUUGACGAAAAAAUGAAGCCCACAACAUUACCAAGAAACCUCAAUAGCAUUUUCAAAUGCAACAAAAAGGUUUUCUUCAAUGUUGAUGGCCGACAUCAAGUCCUUGGUGUGGUGCCAGAAGGCACCACCAGCCCACCACACCAAUUGAUCAAGUUCGUGCAAAGCACGCUGUCAUCAAGCGAUCUUGACAUGGAAGCAACACCCCAUGUCACAAUCAUCAACCGCCGGUCCCCCAAUGCGCAGAAUUCCAGGGCCGAUCAAGACCGGCGGUUGGUGGCAGAAAUCAACAAAUACAAUUGCGACCACGAUUGGCUAGGCCCUUUAACAAUCAAGGGCGUAAAAGUUUCACGACAGGUGUUGGAUCUCACAACCAAGCAACUAGACCAUUUUACCCUCUGGGAAAUGGUUUUGCAAUAA